CCACCUAUCAAUGCCAAUCAGUGCAACAUAUCAGUGCCAGUCAGUGUCACCUAUCAGUGCCAGUCAGUGCAAGUCACUGCCGCCUAUCAGUACCAGUCAGUGCUGCCUAACAGUGCCAGUCAGUGCCACCUAGCAGCCCAAGUCAGUGCCACCUAUCAGUGCCAUGCCAUAUAUCAGUGUCAUGUAUCAGUGCUGCCUUUCAGUGCCUAUCAGUGAUGCCUGUCAAUGCCCAUCAGUGCAACCUACCAGUGCCUCCUCAUCAGUGCCCAUCAGUGCCACCUAUCAGUGCCCAUCACUGCAGCCUCAUUAG